AUGCAAUUAUUCAAGGGUCGCAGCCGCUACUUGGGCCUGCGUGGCACCAAAUUGAACUUCGCUAUUGGUAUUAUCGCUGGUCUGGAUUUCUUGUUAUUCGGCUAUGAUCAGGGUGUCAUGGGAGGUCUUUUGACGCUACCUUCGUUCACGUCGGUCUUUCCAGAGAUUGACACGACCAGAGCCGGCAUGACCAAGGGCGAGGCAAACCAUGUCUCGACUAUCCAAGGUAUCUCGGUCGCAUCGUACAACGUUGGAUGCUUCUUCGGUGCGAUAGCGUGUAUCUGGGUGGGUGAGUACUUGGGACGACGCAAGACUAUUUUCCUCGGUUCGGCCAUCAUGGUCGUCGGUGCGACUCUCCAGUGCACGGCUUUUAGUCUGGCGCACUUCAUCGUUGGUCGAAUCAUAACGGGCAUGGGCAAUGGUCUCAACACGUCAACCGUACCCACGUGGCAAUCGGAAUGCUCAAAGUCGCACCGUCGGGGACAGCUUGUCAUGAUCGAAGGUGCUUUGAUCACUGGUGGCAUCUGCCUCUCGUACUGGAUUGAUUUCGCCUUCUCCUUCCUCGACAGCCAGGCUUCGUGGCGUUUCCCCAUCGCCUUCCAAAUCGUAUUUGCCUUGAUCAUCCUUGCCUUCAUCCUGGAGCUUCCAGAAUCGCCAAGAUGGUUGAUUCUCAAGGGCCACGAACAGGAGGCCGUGGAAGUGCUUGCCGCUCUCUCCGAGAAGUCGGUUGAAGACAGAUAUAUCGCCGCUGAAUUCACCGCCAUCAAAGAUACCGUGCUUGAACAGCAAAAGGCAACUUUCCGCGACUUAUUCACCAUGGACGAGGACCGUCACUUCCAUCGUGUUGUAUUGGCAUAUGUCAAUCAAAUGUUCCAACAGAUCUCUGGUAUCAAUUUGAUCACGUACUAUGCAGCCACCAUCUACGAGAAUGAAAUUGGUCUGACGCCGUUUAUCUCGCGGAUUCUUGCUGCAUGCAACGGCACGGAGUAUUUCUUGGCUUCAUGGAUCUCCGUCUUCAUCAUCGAAAAAGUCGGCCGCCGAAAGCUCAUGUUGGUCGGGGCCGCGGGCAUGUCUAUUUCCAUGGUCAUCCUUGCCGUCAUGACGAAAAUUGGCGGAAGUGCUUGUGGUAUUGUGGCUGCGACCUUUUUGUUCGUCUUCAAUACCUUCUUUGCGAUUGGGUGGCUUGGUAUGACAUGGCUAUAUCCAGCUGAGAUUGUGCCUUUGCGCAUCCGAGCACCUUCCAACGCCUUGAGUACCAGCGCCAACUGGGCGUUCAACUUCAUGGUUGUGAUGAUUACCCCAGUGUCCUUUUCCAGCAUCGGAUACCAGACGUAUAUCAUCUUUGCUGUCAUUAACGCUUUCAUUGUCCCUGUUGUCUAUUUCUUCUACCCUGAAACCGCUUAUCGAUCUCUUGAAGAGAUGGACACAAUCUUCCACAAGACCAAGAACAUAUUCACUGUAGUAUGGACAGCGAAGCACGAACCACAUCGUUAUGGCAAGAACGGUGAAGUCUUGAUUGAUUAUGAGGAAACCGAGGAGCACCACCGGAGAGCCAGCACGGCUGAACGCAGUGCAAGUGUCGUCAGUCAGGACCAGCUUGACCCCGAGAAGGCAUCUCAGCGUCAGAGAGAAACAUACAGAGGCAACCCUGGUGGUCCCGGUCCAUUUGGCGCCUGA